CGACGAUGAGUCGACGCUUCCCUUCGGGCACGCUCCAGCUACGCUCGAUAGUCAGUGAGUACGGGGCUUUCUGAGAGCCAUCGAGUCGCAGUCGCAAGUGAAGAGUGACCUUCCCGACCUACACUUGAUCGAAAGGAGCGACGCCUCCAUUGAAGCCUUGUUCGCCAGAGGUCCGACCCUAACAGUUGCGGAAGAGCGCCUACCCGCGGCAGCGCGGUCUGCCACCAUGACUUCGGCAAGGGCUGCGAGCAGGAUGACGACCGACGAACUGCUAGCACGCUUCUCCGCAGCCUUUGCAAGCCUUGACGAGGAUGACGGUGACAUCUCGUGCGAGCAGCACGGAAAGGAUGAUGCUGCGGGCCCUUCGCGCGAGUCGCAAGCUGACUUCGUUGAGCGCUACGAGGCAGUGCAUUCCAUAGCGCAGAAGCAUAUACGUCCAUCGACAAGCGCCCGCAAGCUUGCACCGGUAGCGCCGACGACGGACUACGAGGCAGCCACUGAGCACAUUCACGGCGUCGCUCUGAGGAACCGGAUCGAAUUGCGCGAAGAAGUGAGCGAUGCGCUCAAAGCUUGCCUUGGCGCUCUGGAUAAAUCCAUGUCGCAAGCCCAGCAUCUGGCUCGGCAAAGCAGAGCACUGCAAGAGUCGCGCAGGGCGGAUAGGGAGAGGCGACUCGCCAACGGCCUGAGAGCGGAGGAUCUCCCUGCCAGUCUCAAGGGCAAGCAGAAGUUGGUGGAAGAUCCGGCCAUCACUUCGAGGAAUGCGGGGGAAAUUUUGGCGCUAUUGCUCUCGCUUUCACGCGUACCCUCUGAGAACGCGUCUGAGUACGCCAAAGAUCUUUUGCAAGGCAAGACUCGACGCUCUUACGCUUAUCUCGACGAGGAGCAUCAGCGCGAAGCGCAACGAGAGGAGUGGCUAAGGAUCUUGAUUGAAGAUCCUUUGGAGCUAGAACACUCGGGCGCGACUGACUCGGACGAUACCCUGAGCGAGUGGAGCGAUCUCUCUGCGGAAGGAGGUGCUGAUGGGUCAAUGCUGCCACCGAAAGCCACUCCAGCGAUGAAAGACGCGGUGAACUCCCGGAAUAGAAUUGCUGCUGCUGCUCGCGCCGACACGGAGAGCUCUGGUGCGCAUGCGCAACGGCUACGAGCAUGGCAAGGAGCAGCUAUUCACCAGAUUAAAUCAGCCGGUCAGGACACCCCGCAGCGUCACCAUCUCGGCUUCGUGCGACGCCCCUUCGACUUGGGCCAGCCAGACACGCUGCUAGCCCUGGAGGUGGGUGAAAAUGCACGCAUCGCUCAACUGCAAGAAACGCAUGCCUUGCGCGAGAUUUUGCUAGCGUUGCAAGGCGAUUCAAACAAGCUAUUUCGAUGUCGCAACAAUAUUGGCGAAUACGAGCUUGUUGCAGACCCUGCAAGGAUUAGUCAUUUAUCUCUAGGUUCCUGGAAUGCGGCCUUGACUCAUUUUGCGGUCAUCUGCACGUCCCUCGAGAAUCUGCGGCAGCUCUCAAGUCAGCUCCAAGCUUUGUCCGGUGGCGGCAUCGCAGGACCUUCUCUAGUGACUGCCCAGUCCUUUCGCAGCUUUGGCGGUGCACUCAGCGAAGUGCUCGGCCGAACAAAUCAUCAAUUUGCCGCUUACGACGCGGCGAUUGCUAAGGCCCUCGUCCGAGGCGCAGGCGAGGCACCUCCUAUGACCACCUUGACCGAACUGAUGACCAAAGUCGACUGCGCGGUCGCCACUCUUCUAGAGCUUGAAGAGAUAGCCCGGGAAGUUGAUUUAUUUCAAGCUCGGAGCUCCCUCGAGCUGCGCGCGCCCACUCCGUUCCGAAGUGUGACACCACUGCUUGACGCCUUGCUCGCAGCAGUGCGCUUCGAAGUUGCCUUCUCGGAAGGACGAGAUGUAAAACUUCGCGAGCAUGCGCAGCCCGACCCUGAGGAGCUCGCCAGGUGUUUUCUUGCGACGGCAAGUCCCCUCUGGGAUGAGGCGCGACGAUGGAUUGUACACGGCAUGCCCAUGGCCUCCCAACCCUCGGAUGAGGACCUCAGCCCCACUGCUCGUGUUCAGCGCUCGCAAAGGCUGGCAGCAACUUGCAGUUUCUUCCAGCAUGAUCAUCGGCUCUCACCGACCGACACCACCUUUUGGACCGAGGCUUGGACCCUCGGAGCGCUGGAGCAGGAGCGCGGCGUCGGAUCCUCUGAAGAUGCGCCUCGAAGUGUUCCUUUGCCCCCUGUCUUCCUCAUUGGAAAAGGGCUUGCGCAGGAGAUCCUGUCCGCUGGCAAGGCUGUCGGUCUCUUGAGACUUUUAGGCGCUGCACACGAGCUGCCUCUGCUUGCAAGCUUGCUUCAAGAGGACAGCGAUCUGGAACGGCUGCUGGUACUGGAGGAAGUCGAAGCGCCGAAUGAAGACGCCGACGCAGACGGCAUUUCACAUGAUUCGGAGAAUGAGACAGAUGCGACGCGCUCUGUUGGCGAGACUUGGUCCAGCAUGGCUCAGCUCAGUCUGGGAAAAUCACGCUUGCGGGGCUCACAUCGGUCGAACGUAACAUUUCCUGAAAGGGCUCGAGUAAAGCCGGACGAGCAGAUCAAUUCGACUCGGCAUCAGGUCGAUGCUGCUGCAAUCAGCCGAGCUUUGUUCGGCGACACAAUCUCGCCUCUCCUACGUGCGGAGCCAUCGCCAGUAGUCACUCAGAUUGCCGACGAUUGGCUAUCCGACGCUCGUCUGCCUGACCGGCCGCUCAAACUCAGCGGAGGUGUGGCAGGCAAACAAUUCCAGCUUGCCUUCAUUCUUGGUAGCGAGGCAGGAGUAAGCACACUGCUGAUUAAGCGCCUUGAGCCGGUGCUGACGCUUGUGCGGAGGAGGCUCAAUUCUGUGCUGCUGCAGUCGCGCCUCGAAGGCGGAGUCAUCGAUCUGCCUGCGCACAUCAGCGUCCUCCAGAAGCUGUUCUUGUGGAGAAGCCCUGAUAUGAGCUUUUGGGCACACCUUAUCCACCUUAGCAUGGCCCGAACGCUGCCAAAUGCUCAAAUUCUAGAAGUCUCGUUUCGCGAAGAGACCAGGGCGGAGGAGUGGGUCGACACUGGGCGAGUGCGCUUCAAGUCCGAGGCGUUGCGGAGCACAGGUAGCGUCAGAGCGUUAGCAAGCAUCAGCAUUGACUAUGAGAUGCCCUGGCCCUUGACUUAUAUGCUCACCCCGGGCGUGAUCGAGGCCUAUCAGCAGAUGUUUACUCUUCAGCUACAGCUCUUUCGAGCAUCAAGCUGCCUCUCUGAGCUGCUCAACCUUCGCCCGAGCAUGCUCAACGGACUAGGAGUUGAGCUCCGCGAUGCGUCUGGAGAUCGUCAGCCAGCUGCGAUGCCAGCCCACAUUCUGCACACGCGUGCUAACGACGUACGAGCGUCCAUUUCUCUGCGCGUCAAGAUGAAUUGGAUCGUCGCGCUGCUGAGACGGUGGAUCAUGACAGAUAUUUUAGAGCCCCGGUGUCAAGAGAUCGCUGAACGACUGCCCACGUUGUCGUCGUUCGACGAGAUGAUCGAGAUGCAUGCCUCUUCCGUCCGCAGAAUGGCCGACUUGUGCUUCCUCUCUUGGCCUGCGAAAGGCUCGGAGGCCUCUCAUCAAGCAUCACAAAGCGCACGACUUGGCAACUCGGUGCCCAUCGACCAAAGCCGUUUUGAUGCUUCGCAUCUCACUUUUGAUCGGACCAUCGAUGCCAGCCGCACGGUCUACGCGGCGCGAUAUAACGAGCACGUCCAUGGAAUCAUUCUGGACUUGCUCGACAUUGCCGUGGAAGCCAGCGCCGCGGUGCUCAAGCUAGCAGGAAUGUCAAGGUCCAAGAGAUACACGCCACGCGCGAGAACCGCAAAGGCUCAGAAGCCAUCCCGCUCGCAUGCCCGCACAAGGCCUGGAAGGCCAACGAGCUUGUCUGACGAAGAAGAGAUCGAGAGAGAGAUCCAGAGCGCAGGACAAGAAGCCGAGGAACGAGCAGGGAGAGACGAGCCAGAGUUCGGUCACGUCGGGCGUGAUUUUGGCGCGCAUAUCUCACGCCUGGAGAAGUCCUUCGAUCGACUGCUCCUGUCACUGCGGUCUGGAAUCUCGCGCAAGAUUUCCGAGCUUGCAAACGCGCCAGUCCCUCCUCGUGCGCAGGAGGGCCGGAUCAAGGAUCGCCAAAGAGACUUGCAGGACUUGCAAGCUCUCAAAGCUGCGCUGGACGCUUGGCUCGAUUGAAGUUUACGCUUCACGCUCGAAACGGGACGGCUGCGCUGUGCGAAUGAUGGCGUCGCCACUGUCGUCACCGAAGUGUGUCGGCUGGCCUCUUGGAGUCGAGCUGUGCGUCGCUCAUCGGACAAUGCUGUAAUUUUAUAAUUGCAUCUCCCUCAGAUGCCACCAGCGCCAUCUGCUUCUACAUCCGCGCCUUCGCCUGGACCGCCUGUCGCCGCCCCUUGCAAUUGAGAUUGUAGUCUGACGAGCUGGCCAGGUCGGGCCGUAGCACAGCUUCAGCCAGAUGUCGAAUCGCUCGACGUCUCCACGACGCCCUCACCUCUUCCUUUUUCUUUUCGCCCUUCUCUGAAAGCUCUUUGAGCAGCGUCUCUGCUCGCCUGCUGCAAGAGUCGUGAUGCCAAGAGAGUAGAGAAGUUAGCACAACGGAGCGAACAGGCGCCGUGACAU